CGCGGGUCUCUUGGGUUUUGGCGCUGCGACCACGACCACCACCACGACCACCACCACCGACUACCCGUUCACCGUUUCCCACACCUCGAUCCACAUCCCGCGAAGCUCUGCACCAGCUGCCUACCCACAGCUGCGGACCGCCCCUGCCCGCAUCUUCUGUUCAUCUCACCUCCAGACCCGCCGUUUCGCAUCGCGACAGGCCUUCGCCUUCGCUGCCUCCAUCAGCCGCCUCGACGAUUGGCCUGCAUGUUUUGAUCCCGCGAGCUGGCCCCAACCAGCCCUACCACCUCCUCUAGAAGAAACCUGCCUGGCUCCUGGCCAUUGAGCUUCAGAGGAUCGCGUGCAAUUGGAAUCUGCCCUCCCCGCGUCGCCGCCGCAAUUGAGAGGGUCCGUUAGCAGCGCAUCAUGUCGUCCCGCAGGAGAAGAGCGGCCGAGCCCGCGCCCGAGGAGGACCAGCAGCAGGAGGAGGAGCGCGACAACGAGGGUCUGCAGUUCAACCAGGCAUUGUCAUGGCGCGCUGGCAGGCCCAUACCCACGGCGGAGCUGCACAAGAGACUCGACACCCUGGCAAAGGAAUUGGCGGAGCUGGAUCAGGACUGGGAACACAAGGACUCGUUGACAAAGGUCGCCAAGGAGCUCUGCUCUGCCAACAUCCUGGGCCACAAGGACAAAGGCGUCAAGGCAUACGCUGCAUGCUGCAUGGUUGACAUCCUCAAGAUCUGUGCGCCCGACGCGCCCUUUACUCCAUCGCAGCUCAAGGACAUCUUCGCCCUCUUCAUCAACCAGAUCCUCCCUGCCCUGCAGGAUCCGUCGUCCACAUGGAAUAACCAACAUCGAUACGUCCUCAUAUCUCUGUCCGACGUCCAGAGCAUCCUCCUCCUCGACGAGAUACCCAACAAUGACGAGCUUUUCGUGCGUUUGUUCACCUGCUGCUUCGACACCGUCUCCGGGACCAAGGCACCGUCGGGCGAGCUGGUCGGGAAGGAUAUCGAGCAUUACAUGACACAGAUAUUGGAAAUGUUGAUCGACGAGGCCACCACCAUCCCGUCCAAGGUCAUCGACAUCAUCAUGGCCCAGUUCCUCCGCGCCGCAGCCCCUGGCGCCGGCAAGGACAAGUCGGAGCAAGCCAGCCGGGAUGAGAACCAAACAACACUCCUCCUCAAGGAAGAACCCGCUGCCUACAAGAUGGCAAGGUCUGUCUGUGUUGAGAACCCGGAGAAGAUGGCACGAUUCGUCGGACAAUACUUUAGCGACGUCAUUAUGGAAGCUUCCGGCUUGGCUGGUAGCAAUGGCCACCGCGCUGCCGAUUCCGACGACGAGGAUGGCCCAGCUGGACCAUCCGAGGACGAUCUCAAGGAGCUCCGGAAGGCGCACCUGCUGAUCAGGGAGCUCUGGAAGGCUGCCCCGGCAUCUUUGCAAAAUGUCAUCCCUCAGCUUGACGCCGAGCUGUCAGCCGACAAUAUCAGCUUGCGGCAGCUGGCCACAGAAGCGCUUGGGGAUGUCAUCGCUGGCAUUGGGGCGGCUGGCCCGCCGCCUCCCCCAGCGUUGGACCCUGCUGCAUACCCGCUUUACCGCAUGUCCGAUUUCGAUACCGACGAUACCCCUUCGAAUCCUCUCACGACUCCCUUCUCUCCGAUGUCAUUCGCACAGACAUACCAUCAAGCCUACCUCAACUUCCUGAGUCGCAAGAACGACAAGUCUCCAAUCAUCCGAGCCUCCUGGACCACAGCUGUAGGAUACAUUCUUUCCACGAAUGCUGGAGGAAUCGGCUUCAAUCGGGAGGAUGAGCGAGCUCUCGUUCGUGGGCUGGGAGAAAAGCUCAAUGAUAGCGAUGAAAAGGUCCGUUUGGCUGGCGUGAAGGCUAUCGAGUCCUUCAACUUCCGCGAUCUUAUCCUCAAGCUAGCGUCGGAUGGUGGGUUGGAGAAGGAGAGCUCGAUCUUGUCUAGCCUUGCCGACCGGUGCCGCGACAGGAGACCCCAGGUCCGCGUUGAUGCCAUGGCUCUGCUGGGAAAGCUCUGGGCUAUAUCGACGGGCGAAAUCCUCGCUGGCAACCAGGUUGUCGUGGGCGCCCUGUCGGCUGCCCCAUCAAAGAUCUACAGCUCCUUCUACGCAAAUGAUCUGGAGGUGAACGUCCUUCUUGACAGGGUGGUCUUCGAGUGUCUGGUACCAUUGUCUUUUCCUCCUCCUAAGAAGAGCUCGAAGAGUGCAAACGGAAGCUCACAGUCGCAAUCCCAAGCGGCGGCAGCUGGCUACGACCAGGACGCCGUCAGGGCCGAGAGGAUACUCCUCCUGGUCCGCUCACUUGACCAAAAUGCCAAGAAGGCCUUCUUCGCCAUUCAAGCCCGUCAGCCACAAUUUGCCACUAUACUCCAGACUUUCCUGAGGGCAUGCGACGCCUACAAUGGCGGCGUCAUGGAGCAGGACGAGGAGCGCAAGACAAAAAACCUGAAGAACACGAUUGAUUACAUCACACGUUUCCUGCCUGAUGACGCAAAGGUCAGGGCGGAGCUGCAGAAAUUUGCAAAGGCGAACAAUUCACGGAAUUACCAGCUGGUUAAGUUUAUUACUGGUCCGGAGCACGAUUUCAAGACGGCCAGGAAUGCCUUGAAGGAGCUGAUCAAGCGCCUGCAAAGUGCGCAGCUCUCUGGUGUUGCUGAUGUCCUGAUACCCCUGCUUUACAGGUCAGGUUAUUUCAUGUUUAACCGCAGCCAUUUGUCUACCAUCUUGGAUUAUUCCAGAACCGACCAAGAUGGCUUCGGCGCCACAGCGCACGAGAUUCUGAACGAGAUAUCACAGCGCACGCCGGACCUGUUCAAGUCACACAUCGGAGAUCUCUGCAAGGAUCUUGCGGAGAAGGCUCCCACCGCAACACGCGCAAAUGAGCCAUCGGUCGUUGAGACGCUCAAGGCUUGCGCUUCGUACGCGCGGAAAUAUCCUGCCGAAAUCCCAAAGGACAAGAACUUUGUGCAGAUGAUGAUCAACUUUGCGCUCUACGGUACACCUUGGAAGGCGGCCAAGUACGCCGUAAAUAUCCUCCUGGCCAAGAAGGACGAGACCAGUCUUUUGAACGCCACCAGGCUGUUCAAAGAGGUCAUGAAGCAGUGGAAAUACGGAGCUCCCCACUUCCUCAACAAGCUGGCGAUAGUCUCUCAGCUUGAGAUCUUGGCACCCAAGGUUACGUUGGACAAGGACCAAGCCAUUCUCGAGAUGAUCCAAGACAUUCUGAAGCAGGUUCGCACCGAUGCUAAGGACAGCGACCCGGAAUGGGUCAGUGAUGCGGACAUGGAUGAAGAAUGCAUAGCGAAAUGCUUGGCAUUGAAGAUCCUGGUCAAUCGGCUGCGGGCAGAGGAGCAGGACCGUGGGGACGGCGAGGCAGACUUGAAAGACAGGGCGAAGCCUGUCUUCAAGAUGCUCAAGACCCUGAUCACAAAGGACGGCGAGAUGUCCAAGAACAAGGAAACACCAAGCCAUCACAAGGCGCGAUUACGACUCCUCGCGGGCCAGUUGGUCCUCAAGCUCUGUAAAGAGAAGCAGCUUGACGACCACCUUCCACCCGAGGACUUUAAUGCGCUUGCCUUGGUCGCACAGGAUGCCCACCCUCAGACCAGGAGAGCGUUCGUCGAGAAGCUCCAGAAAUAUCUGGUACAGAACAAGCUUCGCACAAGGUUCUAUACCAUCAUUUUUAUCACAGCGUACGAGCCUGUCACCGAGUUCAAGACCAGGGUGGAGACUUGGAUCCGUUCAAGAGUCCAUCAUUACGAGGCAACAGGCACACCCGUCAUGGAAGCCGUCAUGCCCCGACUGCUGUCUUUGUUAGCUCACCACCCAGAUCUCGGCAAGUCUGAAGAUGAUCUGGUUGACCACUCCCGCUAUAUUGUCUACUACGUCAGCACCGUGGCCAACGAGUCCAACCUGGGGCUAUUAGCUCGGUAUGCAGAGCGUGUCAAGCAGACAAAGGACGCCAUUGAGCCGGAGAAAAGCGAGAACCUUUACAUGGUCUGUGACCUGGCGCUGGCUGUGAUCAGGAAAUGGCAGGAGAAGCGCGGGUGGACCUUCGAGGCCUACAGCAAGAAGACCGGGCUGCCCAACGGCUUAUUCUCUGCUCUCCCGAACCAUGAAGCUGCGCAGAAGCUUUCUGAGCAGCAGUUCAUCCCAGAAGGCAUCGAACAGAGGCUGGAUAAAGUCCUGCAGUCGAUGGACCGCAAGAAGAAGCGGAAGUCCAUGGACGAAAGCGGGCAGCCCCCUGCCAAGAAGGCAAGAUCGCAAAGCAAGAUCGCCCAACCAAGCUCGGUCAAGUCGAAGAAACAGACGACCCUGAAGAAGGCGGCCAAGGCAAAGACGGCCAAACCCAAGAAGCCCCGCGCGUCGUCGCCAAACAUCCCCGAGUCAGAACGCCGCCGCAGCGGCCGCGCCGUCCCACGGAAGAGCUCCAACUACGUAGAGCGGGAUGACGACGAGGACGACGAGGAGAUGCUCGAGGGGGUCGCCGAGUGGGAGUACGAAGGCGAAGAGGAUGACGAGGAAGAGGGCGAGGAGGGCAGCGAUGACGACGGUGACGAGGAGGAGGGGGAGGAGGUCGAGGAAGGCGACGAGGUCGAGGUCGAGGUCGAAGCCGAGCCCAUGGAUGAGGACGACGAGCAGGAGGGGGAGCCCGCCGCCGAGGAGCAGGACGGCAGCGAGCUGUCCGAGCCCCCCGAGGAACAACAGGCGGAGGAGGCGGAGGACGAGGAGCCGCCCGCGACCAACGGGCGGCGGAGCGGCAGGAGCUCGGCGGCCAGGGCGAAGGCGGAGCCGCCGAGGAGGGCGCCGCCGCCGAAGGGCAAGGCCGCCGCGGCCGCACUGCCGACCCGGGGCAGGGCGGCGGCGGCUGCUGCUGCUGUGCCUACGAGGACCAGCGGCCGGUCGAGGAGGGCCAAGGAUGUGUUCGACUCGGAGUAGUUAUCAGUAGUAGUGCGUGAUGUGAUGUUUGUCGCUGUGUUUGGGGAGAGCGCCUUGUGCCGAGAUGAAAAAACAUAACUGGAUUGAUUGAUUGCACCCGAGAGAUGGUUUUCCGUGUCGUCUUCUUCUUCUUCUUCUUUUUUUAGCUUGUUCUUGGAGAUGAAUUAAUGGAUAAUGCCCAAG